AUGGCUGAUGAACUUGCCAAAGAAGAAAUCCACCCCUCUGUAAUUGACGCUGCCAAGGCGUCUUUUGGUCGGGAUCGGCCAAUGACGGAUGAUGUCCGACCAGGAGAUUUCUUCGAUGACCCAGACUACCUAGAGACAUUGCCCCACGAGGCGAAAGCCCUGAUAUGCGCUGUGCAAGAGGCAGGAGACCAUCCCGACCGGCCUGGGCUGUGCCAUAUUCAAUCUGAGCUUGCCUUUACACGAUACCAACAGAGUCAGAGUGAAGACGAUCUUUCUAUGGCACUUGCUCUCGAGGCCUUGUCUCUCCGCUAUGUACCAGCUCAACACCCUGGUCGAGGGAAGUCCAACCACCAUAUGGGCGACUUGUAUGUACGAAAAUGGAAAACACAUAAAAAUGAUGUGACUCUGGAUGAGGCUAUCAGGCAUUACAAGUUAGCUCUUCUUUUUGCCCAGGAGAAAGACGAGGUACUUUGCGAGUGGGCUUGCGACCUUGCGGUGGUGCAACUGGAGCGCUAUAAGAAGACCAAGCAGGUCAGCGACAAAAAGGAAGCACAUCGGUAUUUUGAUAGGGCUAUUGAGCUUGCCGGACAGCUACCUGUACGAGCACGACAUAUUUCCAACAAAGGCCACUUCUUGUACUUGGUUGUAUCUGGCAGCGACAUAGAGAGAGAGGCGCAAUUAACAGAGUCGAUCGCAGUCCAUCAGGAGGCAAUCCAAUUUUGCGACAAUAAUCCGGGUCUUUCGUCCCCGCCCCAACUCCCAUAUGGCAUGAUUUAUCGCAAUGCGGGCCUUGCUUACAUAGCACGGUUCUCCAUAGCCAAAGGAGGCAAUGACGGCAAAAGAGGGUCGUCAUUAAUCGAAACGGCACUGAGCUACGAAAAGGCAGGCGAUGGCCACUGGGAAGACUUUACAAAUGAGCUUGCCAAUGCCCAAAAGCUAAUCGCGCAGGCUUCGGGAGAUUUAGACCCGGAUGAAAUAGCAUGCGAUGUAUGGCGAAGAGCCAUUGAAAUCAGUCCAACUGCCAUUACCCCCAGAAUACAUUUGGCAAGAUCCUAUCACGAAAGGGCAGGGAAUUUGGUUGAUCAAAGUCUUGCACAAGAACUUCUGCAGCGAGCUAGAGGCCUUGCUGAAGACACCAUUCGAAGGCUGCCACCCGGGCACCGAAAUACCGGACUGGCUUUUAGCUGCUGCGCUUUAGUGCACUAUUCUUUGUAUGAUGUGCGGGGUGAGGUGACCGAUAUCGAUGCAGCCAUCGAGUGUGCUAAGAAAGCCGUCCGCGAUGAGAAUGACGUGAACCUAUGGGACCGGUACCGCCUGCUUGCUCAAGUGCUUAUUUUGAGAUAUGAACGCUUGAACAAUGGAAUUGAUAUGCUAGAUGCCAGUGCUGCAGCUAUGAUGGGCCUCUCCAAAUGCCCACCAGAAGAUAUUCAAAGCAAAGCAGAGUGCAUAUGGGUAGCCGCUAAAAUAAGUCGGGCGAAUUAUGACCAAACUCGAGAUCUGGAUGUGCUUAAGAAAACUUGCGAUGGACUUUCUGGAAUAAGCCGGCUUAUGUCGAAAGGCUCUACAUCAAGGGCAUUGCUCUUGAAUGAUUUGGGUAAUGCAUACACCCAGCUCUUCAGCCAUGAGGCAUUGCCUUCGCAGCUAGAGCAGGCAAUCGAUGCAUACGGAGAAGCAUUGUCAGAGUUGAAGAGUCUCCAUGGGAAUGAACAACACCCCAAUAUUUUCAUGCUUAACGCUGCUCUUGGGAAUGUCAUGACUCAAAGAUUUCUCCAUUGGAAGGCCACUGCCGACAUUGAAUCAGCAAUUAAGUACUAUCAGAGAAGUCUUUCGAAGAUUGACAGACGCAACCCAAGAUAUUCUAUUCGUGUGGUAAACCUCUGUUACGCGUUACAGCUCCGCUUUGACGUCAAAAGAGAUCUCAAAGAUUUAAAAGAGGCCCAAAAAGUACUACACUUGGCUCUAGAGGAGGCAGCGCCACUAAGCGUUGAGACAAAGAAAGGGCUAUCUAUGCACUUGGGGAAUGUCUAUCAGUUCACAUUCAAAGUUACCGGCCAGCGGGCUGACUUGGAGAACGCCAUAGAUCAGUACAACAAGGCUUUAGUGAUAGAUGGUGCAUCUUCCGCUUCAACACAUGGAAUGACCUUACUCAACAAAGCCGUUGCACUCCAACAACUUGCUCUGAUGACUGGUAGUAUUUCCGACUUUAAAGCCAGUGAAAAGACGUUUGAAAAUGUCGAAAAACUGUUUAGUGAAGACGAUCCAAAUUUUUGGAAGGCUGUCUUGAACCACGCCAAUCUAAUCAAAGCCAGGUAUGAGCGAAAGUUGGGAGCAAAUGUCGAAGAGGACGCGUUCCAGGCGCUAGAGAAGUAUGAGAAUCUUGCACGCAUGGCAAUCAUUCCGGCAUCGGUACGCAUUAGUGUAGCAUCUAUAGCAGCCAAGCUUGCUACCGAUGAGCUGAAUGAUCCGCUAAGAGCUCGAGACAACAUUCUUAUAAGUCUCAAGUUGCUUCCAGAAGCUAUUCUAAUGCACGAGAGUCGAUUGAAACAGUUGGAGUUUAUCAGAGAAUACCAGCUCAUUCCAGGGGCUGUCGCUUCUUUGUCACUCAGCGCUGGAGACCCCCCGAGUACCGUGAUUCACCGUCUUGAGGCUGCUCGUGCCUUCAUCUGGGAUCGCAUCCAAGAUCGACCAACUCGAAUUGAUGAUCUGUUAGUUGAGCAGCCGGAACUAGCUGAACGGUUCCGCACAUUGCAGCAACGAAUGUUUCAUCAAACUCGCAACUUUGAACGGUCAAAUACUACUGAUCUGACAUCUGUCGGUUUGGACGAUGUAGACAGAAUGCAUAAGCACCACAAUACGGACUCCUACCGCGAGGUAAUUGAGCAGAUUAGAGCACUUCCCGGCUUUAGCUCUUUCUUGAAGAUUCCGGAUAGUUCUGCUGACAUCCAAUCGUACGCUCAUGAUGCCCCCAUUGUCUUUAUCAACGUCACUGCAUAUCGGAGCGAUGCUAUAGUGAUCUCAAGAGAUGAUGUUCACCAGUUGGCUCUCCCCGAUUUCAAUAUGGAACAAGUAAAGGCAUACUUUAUGCGGUUUGCGAUAGCACUGCAUCAUCUCGGUAACGCGCAGAAUCAGGUGGAGGCACUAUCCGAGUACCAGGAAGUGAUGAAGUGGCUCUGGGAAUCAGCAGCGAAGCCAGUGUUGGGCAUCAUAAACUGGGGCAAAUACGAUCUAGGACCAUUUGGAAAGCCUCGAAUCAUAUGGGCGUCCAUCGGAUGGCUUAGCGUCCUUCCGAUCCAUGCCGCAGGAGACUUCGAAACUCCAACAUCAUCUGAUAGCAACGAGCCAAGAUGCGUCCAUGAUGUUGUUGUAUCUUCAUACACAAACUCUUUGAAGGCUCUAGACUUUACCAGACAUAUCACUAAGCAACGCAAAGACAAAUCACGGUCAAGCAACAGUCCACAGGCCCUCAUUGCAGCUAUGGCAACAACCCCAGGCUUUGGCCCAGAAGCCGAUCUAACUGUCGAGCCAGAGAUCAGUGCAAUAAGAAAUAUUAUGCUUCCAUUAGUCAAUGUCGAAGUUCUCAUGCAGCCCAGUUCCGCCACAAUCAAGGCAAAAAUCACUCCUGAAACAGCCAUCCUACACUUUGCCUGCCACGCUCGGGCUGACGACAAAGAUCCAUCACGAAGUGCCAUCCUGUUGCAGGAUCACCAGACUAAGCCAUCCCCCUUCUCAGUGAGAACUAUUCUAAACCUUGAUUUGAAAGCAUGUGAGCUGGUUUAUCUAUCUGCAUGCGAGUCAGGACUAAGUAAAGUUCUAUCCUUGCGGGACGAAGGGAUUCACAUUGCAGGCGCAUUCCAUAUAGCUGGGGUGUCGCAUGUAAUCUCUACGCUGUGGAAGGUAUCUGAUACUGUUUCUGCGGAGCUUGCUGAAUUGUUUUAUCUAAAUUUGAAGGGGCCUUCAUGUGACUGUUUGGAUUCUGAGAGGGCACCGUAUGCUCUUCAUGAGGCAAUCGGGGAAAUGAGACAAAAAGGGGUACACCCUAUUUUUUGGGCCGCUUUCGUUCAUUCUGGCCCUUGA